CAGUGACAGCGCUGUUUCGAGUUUCUCAUUGUCUUGAGACGCUGUGGGAAGAAGCCUCUGGGGCUUCACAGAGGGGCUCCCUAGGGAUAAGUGCGGGACCCUUUGCAGAGCUACCAGGAAAGAGGGCUGACCACACCUCAGGCAGCCGGGUUACAAUCCGCAUAAAAAUCUGAGUCUGGGGAGCGUGCGACAGAGGCAGGCAGAUUGUUUAAGGCGUUCGAUAAAGUCGGUCGAUGACAGACACAGAUGCGUGUUCCCAGCCGCAUUUGUGCUCUGGUGUGUGACAGGUCUGUCCUUGCCUGCUUUCAGCUCCCAGGGCCCCUUUGAGUCUGGGCAGCCCAGUCAGUCCCCGUCCAUUUUUGGCCUUAGCUUUUCCUUCCCUGGCUACGUCUGGGCCAGGAUCAAGUCUCCAGCAGCUGUUUCACUCCGGGGGGCCAGGAAAGUCUUUCCCUGGCAGGUUGGGCUCCAGGUGCACAACACUGCUGGGCUGGGGCAAGCUGAGAAUCCGCUUCAGGACAAGAAUGUCCCAGGGCUCAUGAGUUGGCCUUUACCUGUUGUCAGGUAGAACGCCCUUCCCAGAGGCUUUUAUUUGCUUGUGUGUGUGUGUGUGUGUGUGUGUGUGUGUGUGUGUGUGUGUGUGUGUGUGUGUGUGUGUGUGUUUUGGUUGUUGUUGUUUUUCUUUUGAGAUGGAGUUUUGCUCUUGUUGCCCAGGCUGGAAUGCAAUGGCACAAUCUUGGCUCACCGCAACCUCUGCCUCCCAGGUUCAAGUGAUUCUCCUGCCUCAGCCUCCUGAGUAGCUGAGCUUACAGGCGUCCACCACCAUGGACGCUAAUACGGCUAAUUUCUGUAUUUUUAGUAGAGACGGGGUUUCACCAUAUUGGCCAGGCUGGUCUCAAACUCCUGACCUCAGCUUCCCCAAGUGCUGGGAUGACCAGAGUUCUUUUGUUCUUUUUUUGUUGUUGUUGUUGGGGGGGAGUGGGGUGGAAGGCAGAGUCUCGCUCUGUCGCUCAGACUGGAGUGCAGUGUUGCAAUCUUGGCUCACUGCAACCUCCACUUCCUAGGCUCAAGUGAUCCAGCUUCAGCCUCCUGAGUAGCUGGGACUACAGGUGCAUGCCACCACACCCAGCUAAUUCUUGUGUUUUUGAUAGAGACAGAGUCUCCCUAUGUUACUCUGGUCUCAAACCCCUGGGCUCAAGCAAUCUGCCCUCCUUGGUCUCCCAAAGUGCUGAGAUUACAGGCAUGAACCACCAUGUCCAGGGUUCUUGAGCCAAGGCUCUUUACACAAAAUCACUUCAGUGUUUAAGGAGAGCAGGGAGACUCUCAAGGCUGUCCCCAUCUCACAUCGUUAAGCACAGAACACUCUGACCAAGGGUUUGGGUCUUAGGUAGGCUGGUGUCAGCCACUGAAAUGCAGGGGACACUCGUGGGCCCUGAUUGGAAGGACAAAGUCGGGGAGAGGUAGAGGUCCUAUGCCUGCCAGGUCCCCCUGGGCAGGCAUUGAGCGUCUCAACAGGUUCCAGGUGGUGGAAAUGGAGCGGGACAGGGACACCAAGGCAGGUGCAGUGUGGGCGGGGCUGGGUCCUGGGCUUUAUCUUUGGGCGUUUGCGGAACUGGGGCAGGGGCUGCCAAGUCCACGGCCCCAGAGUCCUUGCCCAGAGCAGCUGCCUCCGGCUAAUUGCUCAGCUGCCAGAGAAGUGACUGGAAUAGAGGUUGUAGCUUAGGCACUGCUGCUCCCUCCAGUCCCUCCGUGCAGCUGAUGAUGGCCCUAUGGCCCCUGCUCCAUCUCACCUUCCUGGGGUUCAGCAUUACCUUGCCGUUGGUCCACGGGCAGGGAUUCCAAGGGACAGCAGCCAGUAGGUGGAGGGCAAGGUCAUAAGCUUUGGGAUUUGGGCCCCAGGGCACCUGAGUGACCUUGACUUUUAUCUCUCAGUCUGGCCAUCCCUCUCCAACAUCAACUUGUCCAAGAAGGUUCAGGAAGGCAUCCAGAUCCCGAACAAUGGGAGUGCGCCCCUGCUCGUGGAUGUGCAGGUGUUUGUCUCCAACGUGUUUAAUGUGGUAAGUGCCGCUAGGCCAAGGGCCCCAAGUGCUGAGCUGGGCAGGGAACAGGACUCAGCCCUGGAUAGUGCUGGGGUCUCCUGCCGCGUUCUUUCAACACAGCGCUCACCCUGAGGUGACACAUUGCCCUUCCCCCAGGACAUCCUGCGAUACACAAUGUCCUCCAUGCUGCUGCUUAGGCUGGUGAGCUUCUAUCCCUGGGGAGGUGGGAUGGGAAAGCCCAGCUGAGUCCAGCUCAGAAGUACCAGCCUUCAUCAACAUGCUGAGCUUAGGGACAUGGAUAUGUGGAGAGCAGGAGCCUCAGUGGUGCCCUUGUGUCCCCAGUCCUGGCUGGACACUCGCCUGGCCUGGAACACUAGCGCACACCCGCGGCACGCCAUCACGCUGCCCUGGGAGUCUCUCUGGACACCAAGGCUCACCAUCCUGGAGGCGUAAGUGAGACAGUUCCUGCCCCAGGAAUCUGCCAUGCAUAGCCCUCCUUUUCCCCAUCUACAACCUAGAGGCUGUCUGAGUGAAUAUGCCCCUCCUGGCGGUCCCCGCUGGACUAGCAGUGCACCUCCACUGCCUCGAAUUCCCCUCCCACUGCCAGAACUCUGAUGGCAGCUGGGGUUGGGGGUGGGAUGCCAGGGUCUCCCCUCGGCCCCGUCCAAGAAGGUACCUUUCCCCACAGGCUCUGGGUGGACUGGAGGGACCAGAGCCCACAGGCCCGAGUAGAUCAGGACGGCCACGUGAAGCUCAACCUGGCCCUCACCAUGGAGACCAACUGCAACUUUGAGCUCCUCCACUUCCCCCGGGACCACAGCAACUGCAGCCUCAGCUUCUACGCUCUCAGCAACACGGGUGCUGACAGGGCAGGGGCUGCAGGGUUGGGGAGGGGAGGAGGAAGGUGGGGGAGGGGAACUCCCAGGUCUGUGAUGCAGGGGCUGGGUGUGGGGGAAGGGGCGAAGGCAGACGGAAGGGGAACUCCCAGGUCUGUGUUUAGCAGUCUACCCCAGGCUUAGGGGGGCAGCACCUGCUCUCCCACUGCGCCCCCCACUCGAGUGGCAGCCCAUCUCUAUGCUCAGCGGUAGCCUCAGGGCCCCUCUCUAGGGUCACAGACUCAAAGAUUUGCAGCAGCUCUGCAAUCCUAGAGGUCCGAGCACAUCAGUCUUCUGUCCUCCCCGGAGCAACUGCCCUCCACAGCCAUGGCCUGACUGCAGUGGCUCGGCCCCUUGCAAGGCCAGAGGCUCAGGUUGCUGUGGCCUCACUCCUGGAAACCACCUGAAGGUGCAGCCACCCUGUAUAAACCCAUCGGGUGACGUCUAACUUGGCAGAGAAGUCCUACCCUUCCCUCCAUGAGAGACCACAGCGGUAGCCCUGGGGAUCCUGCUUCAGGUUUGAGACGAUAGACUGACGAGCCUGUGACCACUUCUCCCUCCAUCAUGAAGUGGUCCAAAGUACAUUUAUUUUUACAAUGAAAGCUCAUCUAUGAAUCUGAUAAAGGCCUUCCUUUAACUGGAGACAAUUUGGGAUGUUGCUAAACAAGGUUUGGGAAGCCCUUCUAUGGAUCGGUUUUGUCUCCAAGUCUGUCCCUGCCAAAAGCCAUCAAAAGUCUCCAUCACCCCUGGGCUCCAGUCUGCUACCCCCAGACUUGGCAGCUGGGAUCUCUCCUUCCUGGUUCAUAGUUCUCAUUCCCACCCCUCAGCGAUGGAGUUAGAGUUCCAGGCCCACGUGGUGAACGAGAUUGUGAGUGUCAAGAGGGAAUACGUAGUUUAUGAUCUGAAGACCCAAGUCCCACCCCAGCAGCUGGUGCCCUGCUUCCAGGUGAUGCUGAGCCUGAAGAACACGGCACUCAAGUCCAUCAUCGCUCUCUUGGUGCCUGCAGAGGCACUGCUGUUGGCUGACGUGUGCGGGGGGUUGCUGCCCCUCUGGGCCAUUGAGCGCAUAGGCUACAAGGUGACAUUGCUGCUGGGUUACCUCGUCUUCCACUCCUCCCUGGUGCAGGCCCUGCCCAGCUCCUCUUCCUGCAACCCACUGCUCAUUUACUACUUCACCAUCCUGCUGCUGCUGCUCUUCCUCAGCACCAUAGAGACUGUGCUGCUGGCUGGGCUGCUGGCCUGGGGCAGCCUUGGGGCCAAGAGUGGCCCCAGCCCAGUCCCGAGAGGGGAACAGCGAGAGCACGGCAACCCAGGGCCUCAUCCUGCUGAAGAGCCCCCCAGAAGAGUAAAGGGGUCACAGAGAAGCUGGCCUGAGACUGCUGACCGCAUCUUCUUCCUCGUGUAUGUGGUUGGGGUGCUGUGCAGCAAAUUCGUCUUUGCAGGAAUCUGGAUGUGGGCAGCGUGCAAGUCUGACGCAGCCCCUGGAGAGGCUGCACCCCAUGGCAGGCGGCCUAGACUGUAAAGGGGCAGGGCCUGGGCUGCACACAUUAGGAUGAAGUUUGCUUUCCCAUGGCUGGGGGAGGGCCAUGACAGGGUCUCUGGAUUAAGCCACGCUGAGCCCUCCCUCUGCUAGCACACAAGCACAGAGUGUGAAAUAAAGCCAUCUCCAGUGCAA